UUGACCAAACGGGAAUCUUGAUAUGUCCCAAAUUUUUGUUUUCGACAUAUUUGUGUCACACCUUCGCCUCUCCCCUGAAAUUUUAAAAGAUGCAGGGGCAACAAUCUUUAUUGUUAAAAUCAGUUUUAAUCUUUUUCCUCCAGUAGAGAUCAGAGAAAAUAAUUCCGCACCAAAAAUCUUGCCUGAUAAGUUUCUUGAUUUUCUCUUCUACCAAGGCCAAAUUCGAUAUUUUUCGCUAAAAACAGAAGAAUUGGUGAAACGUAUGAAGAAAAAUCCCUUAAAAAUUAGUGUUUAUAGAAAUGGUGAUUCCUUUCCAAUGUGCGAAAUGAAGAUUCCACUCUAUGGUUGUGCUUGCAGUUUGCUAUCGAAUGUUUCUGGGGAAAAUUUUCCACAAAUUUUCACAAUUGAUGGACCCUUUGAUCUCUUGGAUCCUGGCAACAGUUUUUCUGGGCGCAUUUACGUAAACAUAGCUCUUGCUAACUAUGGCAGAUAUGUCGAAGCACGUCAUUUUUUACAGGAGAAAUCUUUCAUAUUCAAGAAUUCCCUUCAGGAACCUGAAUUCGAAUGCUCUCGAACAACAACUCCUGAAUACGGUCCAGAAAAUGUAAAAAUUGAUCCACAAACUUUGGAACGAAUACCAGACGUCGAUUGGUCCUGUUCUUUUCAAGAAGUCAUAGAAAAUUUCAUCAAACAUUUAAUUGUCAUUCUGCCAAGCUCAAAAUACUUAUCGGCUAAAAAGCCUCUAAUGAAAACUGUCCAUAUUUCUUUGAAAAAAGCAGAAUUGCCAAAAGAGAAAAAGGGAAAAAAGAAGAAGAAAUAACAAAAAAAUCAUUUUCACGAAAUUUGAUCAAGCAUAAAAAAAAAUUAUUUAAGAAACAGCUAAAAAUGCAAAUGUUUACAAUGCGCUGUAUAAUUAAAUUUAAAAAAAAACUAAUUUCAGGCAGAAUAUGCCAGCGAGUUGUCAGCAAGUUGUGGAUCAGCAUGGCACCUCCAACUUCAUUUCAAUAUUUUUUUCUUUUUAAACUCUACUUGUAGGUAUAUUUUGGUCAAAAAUUUAACUAUCUUCCUAAAAGUUUAAUUAUUUUC